AAGGAGGUGCGGUCACUCAGGUGUCUCCCUCGGGUCGUCCGCUCUCUUUGUGAGGUGCGUGCGGAGGGUAUCCCAGAGGCACCUCUUCAGUCUUGGACUCGACCUAUCCAUGAGUCAUCCUUUGGUGGAAAGUCUGACAAACUACGACCCGACUCCACCCGCACGGUGUAUUUUACGCCUAAACGGGCCGAUUCGAUCAUCUUACUCACUCGCUCGGGUAAGCAUUGCGCGUACGUCCGGGACCUAGAAAACAUGGGCCACCCGAGCAGUACGGAAUCCGAUACUCUGUAACCACCCUCUUCCUGACACUACCAUGCCCCGACUGUACGACGCGCGCCUAUGCAAUGACGCCAUCAGGAUCGACUACGACGACCCGGUAACAGUGAUCGUGGGUGGAACGGAGGGAGUCGGAAGGGCGCUGGCGGGAAAGAUGCGGAGGAGGCUCGGGAGAGGACGGGUACUGGUGUUGGGCCCGCCAUGUGCUCCCACCGUGCCAUCCCGCUACGAGUCGGACACGGAGUCGACGACAAGCAAGAAGGCGAUCACUGAUUCCGAUGGACACAGCUCGAUGAUUAAGCCUGGUUUAGAGACAGAUAUCGAGGUGGAGUAUGUUGCGUACGACGCGAGUGACUUGAGCAACGUGCGAGAAGUGUGCGAUCGCCUGGUUGCCACAUUAGGGAAGAUCAACUUCUUGGUCUUGACCGCGUCGACCGCGUCACGGAAGGGAAAGGAGAAGGAGGGAACCAAGGCCCGAUUCGAGCAGGAUCUUGUUAUCAACUAUUUCUCUCACUUUCUAUGCGUCUCCAUUCUCAUCAAUCUCGUUUCUGCCGCGAGAAGACGGAACGAGGACGCCCAGGUGUUGACUGUGUCUGGUGCUGCCCAGAAGCAUGUCAUACCAGAAGAAGACUUCCAAUUCGUACGCGCACGCCAACAGUACGCCGAAAAGAUACAUCGCGCGCACGAGGAGGGGAGGAGGACUCUCCCUUUCCUCAUGGACUAUCAGGGCAUGCUGAUCGCCGCGACAUACAACCAAGUGUUGGUAGCAUGGUUUGCGGCCAAGUACCCCGAUAUCGCCUUCACAUAUAUGUACCCUGAAUCCACGAUUGUCGCAACCCGCCUCCAAUCGCUAAUACUGCUCCUACUUCCCCGCCGCGUCCAAAACCGGAUAAUACAGACCAUUUCCCAUCCAGUGAAUCUGGAUGACUCUGCAGAGCUUGUACUGUAUGCCUUGAUGGACUCCAGUCGGCGCGGUCUGUUCUUUCGAAAUAAGUGGGGUGACCUGGAUAGUCGCUUCACUUUCCCGAGAGUCAAAUCGGGUGAAACUGCUUUUGAGGCUAGUAUGGCCCGCGAUUUGGGUAACAUUUUGGGGCAGCAGAUGCCGGGCUACUCUGGCUCAGAUUUCUGUGUGGUGAAACUGGUAGCUUAUACCGAGAGCUUUUUGAAUAAACGACUCCAAACAUAAUAAGUGGUAUGAUUUAGUUUACUGCGUAUCUUUGCAUAUAAUGGCCGAAUCCACAACUUACUCAAAC